AUGAGCAACAUUCCAACUGUGCUAGUGUUACCUUAUCCAGCACAAGGACACGUGAAUCCCUUGAUCAUCCUCUCACAGAAGUUGGUUGAGAAUGGAUGCAAAGUGCUGUUCGUGAACUCUGAAUUCGACCACAAGAGAGUGGUGAGUUCCAUAGCAGAGCAAGAAGAUAACAGCAACCUUGAUGAAGAAUCAGGGCUGAAGUUGGUGUCAAUCCCUGAUGGGUUAGAAUCUGAUGAUGACAGAAAGGAUUUGCGCAAACUGUUUGACUCUAUGCAGAACUUCAUGCCAGAAGCACUUGAGAAGUUCAUAGAGGAUGUUCAUUUGAAAGGUGAGGACAAAAUCAGCUUCAUUGUUGCAGAUUUGUGCAUGGGUUGGGCUUUGGAUGUUGGGAAGAAAUUAGGAAUCAAGGGAGCAAUAGUGUGGCCUGCAUCAGCUGCAGUAUUUGCCUUGCUUUACAACGUACCCUCUCUUAUUGAUGAUGGGAUCAUAGAUUCUGAUGGAUCUAGAUUAACAACAAAAAAGACAAUUCAAAUAUCUCCAAGUAUGGCUGAGAUCGACACCAGAGAUUUUUUUUGGUUGAAUAUGGGUGACACAAUGACUAAUAAGGUUCUAUUUCAGUAUUUGGUACACUGUUGUCAAAGUUUAAAUUUGACAGAACAUUGGCUUUGCAACACCACACAAGAACUUGAACCCGGUCCAUUAUCCUUUGCUCCUAAGCUCCUUCCAAUUGGUCCAUUAUUAAGAAGUUAUGGCAAUAAAUGUGGUAACACAAAAUCAAUUGGACAAUACUGGGAAGAAGAUCUCUCUUGCAUGAGUUGGCUUGAUCAACAACCUCAUUGUUCUGUCAUGUAUGUUGCAUUUGGUAGUCUCACUUUUUUUGACCAAAACCAAUUCAAUGAACUAACCAUUGGACUAGACCUCACCAAUAGACCUUUUCUUUGGGUUGUGAGAGAAGACAAUAAGAUGGCAUACCCUGAUGAAUUCAGAGGGCAUAAUGGUAAGAUAGUUGAAUGGGCACCUCAACAAAAGGUGCUAAACCACCCUGCCAUAGCAUGUUUUGUUACCCACUGUGGUUGGAACUCUACCAUGGAAGGUUUGUCCAAUGGGGUGCCUUUCUUGUGUUGGCCAAUCUUUGGAGACCAAAUCCAAAACAAAACAUAUAUCUGUGAUGAGGUGAUGGUUGGGUUGGGAUUGGACAAAGACCAAAAUGGAGUCGUGUCUGGCAAGGAGAUAAAAUUGAAAGUGGAGCAACUCCUCAGGGAUGAGAACAUAAAAUCAAGGUCUCUUGAAUUGAAGGAGAAAGUGAUGAACAACAUAGUCAAAGGAGGUCGAUCUUUAGAGAACCUUAAUAGGUUUAUCAAGUGGCUUAAUGAGUAA